AGUACUGAAAUCACUACCGAGCCCAAAACGCGCAUUAAAAUUUAAUUAAUAACACCCUACAUUACGACAAUCACUCUUAAAUCUGAUACACUUAUAUUGAAAUACGAAACUGAAGUUACUGUGAUAUGAAAGUGCAAUUUCUACAAUUAUGUGAUUUACUCAUUAUGUGUAAUCAAAUAGUGCCUGGAUUGUGGCCAAGUGUAUUGUGAACCUUAGCCUAAUAGGACGUCAGCCCUUAUAUGUCUGAUGUAAAACCAUGUUUGAAAGAAGAAAUUGAAAAUGAACAACGACACAAGGCGAGCCUUGACCGGCUCUAUACAUAAAAUUAGGGAAUUUGAACUUGAAAAAGUUAGUCUUGUAGAAGAAUUCGACAUAUUGCAAAUUGUCGGGGAAGGAUGGUUUGGAAAAAUCCUUUUAGUAGAGCAUAGAGCCUCAGACACAGAAAUAGUUCUCAAAGCUCUACCUAAACCCUACGUAUCUAUUAGAGAUUUUUAUAGGGAAUUCCAUUACAGCUUACAUUUAAGUGCACAUAGGAACAUUGUUACUACAUUUGACGUCGCCUUCGAGACUGCCGGCUUCUAUGUAUUUUGCCAGGAGUAUGCACCAUUAGGUGAUUUAACAUCAAAUAUGUUAGAUACUGGAAUCGGGGAGAUCCACACCAAAAGGGUAGCGAAACAGUUGUCCUCUGCUCUGGAACACCUUCAUCAAAGAGACUUGGUGCAUCGUGAUGUGAAACUAGACAAUAUUUUGAUAUUCAAAUCCGACUUCUCUAGGAUUAAGCUCUGUGAUUUUGGUGAAACUAGAAAAGCUCAAUCCGUCGUUAGAAGAAGAAAUGAAUGGCUACCAUAUUCACCACCAGAAGUUUUAAAAUUAUGCGUAGAUACCUCUUAUAAAGCACUGAUUACACACGAUAUUUGGCAAUUCGGAAUUGUUAUUUUUAUAUGCCUCACCGGUUGUUUACCUUGGCAAAAGGCUGCCUUUGAUGACCCUAGAUAUACAAGUUAUUACAAUUGGUAUAACAGCUCAAAUCCAUUACGGAAACAACCAAAGCUCUGGAAAAUGGUAUCUUCGAGAGCACAGAAAAUGUUCAAGAAGUUUGUAGAGCCGAGAGAAGACAAGAGAGCAAAAAAUUUCAAUGAACUUUCCCGAUUUCUAGACGAUAGAUGGAUGGCCAAAGGAUACACCGAUAGAGUUGCGGGAGGAGAUAUAGAUGAACUUUGUCCGUCUAUGUACAGUUUCCACAGCGACCCAAAUGAGAAGAAUAUUUUUCUCAAACAUUUCCGCGAAAAUGGCAUAGAGACAACGGUUGAUCGUCAAAUAAAAAAGCAAAGAAUACGCGAAUGGAUACAAAAUAGCGUCAUCGAAGAAGUCAACGAAGAUGAGGGGAGUACCUAUGAACCUAGUGUAUAUGAUGACAGUGAUGCUGAAUUAGAAGAUAGAUCAAGACCUCAUCCAAUAGAUGAAACUCAUAGGGUAACAUUAAGAUACGAUACGGAAAAACAUAUUAACCCGCGAACAGGGGAAGUAAUAGAUGGAGUAAAACAUCAACCUGCAGACAAAAAUCCUCUUUCUUAUGAUGUGCAAAACAUUGAGCCUGUGGCACCGGCAAAUAUUGUUAGAAGGUACGGUGUAAAAGAAGAAGGCUCAUCUCAUAGUUCCACAAAAGAUAGUGCUUAUGGAUCAAUGGAAGUCAAAGUUAAUACGUCCUCAAGAACAACAUAUAAAUCUGAAAAUAAACAAACGUUGAACUUGGAGCCGCCACAUAAUAGUCCAAGUAGGUCUCUUAGCGGAUCAUCAAUACAGCAAAACAGGUCGCCUCUAAUCAGUCAUGCUCAAAGAAUAAAAAGAAGUGAAGAGGUAUUUUCAAAAGAACUGGACAGCAUGAAAGGAAGUAGUUCAACACUUCAUUCUCUAGCAGCCUCCUCGCGAUCCAAUAGUUUACAAGUGAAUCGUAAUGGUUCUUUAGAUAGUACUUCUAAUUUAAAUAUUGAAGUGCCGGUGCAAAUCGCAAAUGCACCUUCGGCAAGAACAAUCAAUCCUAAUAUAACUCAGAAUGGAAUUAGCCCAGGCUCUAAGAAAAUGCAACAGCCAUCAGCUUAUACAUCGUUGAAAAGUACAGUUUAUGAUAGAGUCAACACUCGUAAAGAAAUAACAAAUUAUAAUGAGUAUCAAAAUAGUCAUGUAACGGCAAGUCCCUACACGUCAAUGAUGAAUAUUGUGCAAGGUCAGAUAAAAAUAGCACCACAUGGAAAUGAAACCAACAGCAACAUUGUAGACGUAUCGAUAAUACCUGUAUCUCAAAAUAAGAAAUUGUAAAUAUUGCUCAAGAAAACAUUGUGACUUGGUUUAAAUACUUCUAUAGCUUGUGUUUAUAUUCUAAUAUUCUUCCUUAAAUACAUUAAAAACAGAAAUUAGGCGGCCGGUUUUAAAAUUGUUAUUUCCAGUUAUAUUAUUACACAAGUUUAUUAAUAUUAUUAUUAAAUAAUUUUUCAACUCGCUAUAUAUAAGCAGCCGUUACUACACAAUAUUAGGCUGAUUUAUGCUUUAGUAGUAAUGAAUAACUAGGUUAAAACAUAUUUUUCAAAUUAUAUUUUAUACGAAUAAUUUAGCUUUAGAUUUAAAGACAUUAUAAACAUAUGUUGCUAUAUCAAAAAAUAGAAUAUUUAUUUUAUACCUUAUAUUUUUGGACUUUUCUCAAAAUAUACCAAUGUUUAUCCU